AUGUUAGAUUGGCUUCGAUCAAAUUUUGAUGAUUGUAAUUUGAGUCCAACAUCAACUCAAAUUGUCAGUGAUCAUGUUACACGUUCAAUGAAAAAAUUAUAUGUUCAAGAAAACAAAGAUGAACAUGGUUGUAAAGAUUGUGUCCUAGAAUUUACUAGCUGUUGGGCAGCAUUUCUUACUGGUAACAAAUAUAUUGCUACUAUUGCUGCUCUAACAGCUAUUUUUGGUCAUGUACCUUCGGCCUAUUAUCAAACAUCAAUUGGUUUUGGUGCUAAAGCCUUGAUGGUUGCUGGAUAUCUAUUUGCUAUAUCACUUCAUCUAUUUUCUGCAUUACAUCUAUUUAUGGAACCGACAUCAGUUUAUUGGUUAUUGAAUAUGUUUCUUGUUCAUAAUAUUUAUGUUUGGUGUCGUGUAUUCUAUUUCUUUUUUGGUUUUACUGGUUAUGUUGCAACUAGUAUUCUUCUUUAUUUUGCUAUUGUUCAACCAAAUGAAGAAGAACGUGUACGCUAUGUAAAUGAAUGUACACGAGAUCUUCUUGUUAAUAGAACGGUUCAUAAUGCUUGGAUAAAACAACAGGAACGAUUAGCAAAAUUGGCUCGUAAUGAUGAAUUGUCCGAUCAACAACGAGCUAAACAAAUUUUUGAUCAAUUAGAUGAAAACAAAAAUGGAUCUCUUGAUAAUGAAGAAAUUACUCGUUUAUUACAAGAAUGGCAAACUGCAACAAGUUUUAUCAAUCGAUUUUCACGUUUGUCAAAGAAACAGGAUAUGUCAUUUGAAUUAUUCUAUAGAAAUAUUUGGCGUCUUGGUGAAACUUCUAUUGGUCAUAUACAAGAUGGUAUAAAACGACAAGGAAUGGCAAGAGCACGUUUCAUUUUCGAUUGUUUGGAUACAGACAAAAGUGGAUAUAUUGAUAAUCUUGAACUUCAAAAACUAUUAAUUCAAUGGGGUUUACCAGAAAAUGAAGUCGAAGAUUAUCUCGCUGAUGAUGGUGAUAAAAAAUUUUCAUUUGAAGAAUUCUAUGAAAAAUUUAAACCAAUUUGGGGUUUUGCCUAUGAAAACAUGUCUGUUCGUGACAUGGGUCAAGUCGUGCAACCACCAGAUCAGAAGUUACAAUAG